CCCCACCCAGUAUAUGCAAUUGGGGGUUUUGGAAAUUGUGAUAGAACUCUUUUUUUUUUCCAAAUGGCUCCUGUAACAAGGUGGCUAUUACCUUAAUCUGCAGUUCUCUAAAGAUUGUGCUCACUGUAUAGCUCAGGGGCAGUGGAAGGUGGUGUGGGGAAGGGGCAGGACAUUAGACCAGGGGCCAAGUAUAUGCUAACUGAAUGCUUUAAACUUAUAGCAUUUGCUCUGUGAAUAACAUCCAGUUUUGUCCACUAGCUCAUCGUAAUUACCCCUGCUCUACUAAUAACAGCCUCCAACAGAGUCAGUAUAUGUUCCAGUUACUGGUGCUGCUUAAAAAACCACCCAAACUUAGUGUUUUCAUACAGUAAGCAUUUUAGUACGCUCAUGGGUCCUGUGGCUCAGGAAUUUGGACAGGGCACAAUAGGGAUGGCUUUUAUCUAUUCUACAAUGUUUGAGGCUUCAGCUGGGAAAACUAAGGACUCAGGGAUGUAAUCCCCUGGGGUGUUCUUCACUCACAUGGCUGAUGACUGGAGAUGUUGCUAAGCCCAUAGCAAAUAGGAGGCCAUCAAGGAAGGUGUGGCCAUGUUUUAACACUGCAACAGUACAUAAAGGAAACUUUGGUCCUGUGCUACAGUUGUUGGCCUUUAGGCCGUGUCUACAGAAAUAUGGGUAAGUCUUUUGUCAGGAUUAUCUGUGCAAGUCUCCAGUGGAUGCCACAGUCUUCUGGCAAUAAAGUACAAAUAUUGGUCUGAACCUGGCGGUCAUGUCAACAACUCAGACCCUCUGUCUGUGCUUGCAGUGCCCUUCAGCCGAAGACUACCAGGACCACAGCUGUUCCUGCACUUGCUGGGCUAGUAAGGCAGAAUAUACACCAUGGCAAAUUGUGGGUUGUGUCACUAAGAGGAGUUAGAAAUAACCUAUUAUAGGGUUUGGGCUUUGGUUGGAUAAUUUGGGAGAGGAUCUAAGAAACGAGGUUUACUCUAGGUGUUAUCAGAAAGCGGGGACAAUUCUAUGAUUGGAUAUUUUAUUAAAUCUUAUUGGGGGACAGAUAGGUAUAGGUUAAAUUGUAAUUUGUUCCUUAAAAAGAGUCACAUUUAGCAAGAGAGGAGGAUGCUUGGCUUGGUAUGAAAGUGAGAAGUCCAGGAUGGAAGGACUGAAAUUUGGCUCAAACUGAAGAAAAAAAGAAAAGCCCUGCUGUUAACCAGGCUGGGAGGGCAGACACAGUUAGCAGAAAUGCUGUCUCUCCCAAGGUCAUGCAACAACGAUGAAAUGUCAUGACCCCUUCUUUCUUUGUGUGACCUCUGUUACGUUGACCAUGACACCUCCAGACUUAUUAGCUACCCUCACCCACCUAUUACUGAGGACUGCAGUUGCUAAACUGCCCUCGCUCAUGAGAAUAUCCAGCCUCCUCUUAGUCCUGCUGCAGAAACCGCAUCCAGCCCACAACUGGUCUCCCUCAGAGCUGCUCAGCAUCCUGCAGCAGGAACCCAGACCUCACCCAGAGGUGGAGUGUUAAUCAUGGCUCCUUUAGAGUGAGCCCUUGCUUGCAAGUCAGUCAAUAUGAUUUUGUCAAACUGCAGGCUUGAGCCUAGGGGUCUUUGGCUGACUUUAGCAGAUGUAAAUAAUUUAAGGUCAUGUACACUACUGCCAUUCGCAUCAGCCUGGCAAGACGCCAAACCUGGAUGAACCCUACACUGUGAUGAGGCAGACAGCUGGAGGUCAUAUUUCUGGUAGGUUUGUACCCCUGUAAACUCAGAGUCAUGGGCUAUCAGCACUGCCAUUAUCUUACUGUUCACUCCUCUUUUCAACCCUCUCCACUCGAUCCGCCCCUAACUGAUGACUUGCUUCACAGGGGAAAAAAGCACAAAUACAUAAAUACCUGUUUUUAACUCCUACUCUCCCCCUCAAACACUCACAUUCAAUCAUUACCAAGAUUAUAUAGUUUAUCUAAACAUUUCUUGGAGCUGUGAUCUCCAUUCUCACUGCCCAGUCUGAAUUUUCAUCUCUCGUUUGUUUUUCAAAAGCGUUCUAUUGGGUUCCCACAUAUGCUCUUGCGUCCUACAAUCCAUUCUUCACUCAGCAGUUCCAGGAAUAUUUCUAAAGUACAAAUGGCAUCACAAACCCCUCCGUUGUAAGCAAUUCAUAUAUGGGAGUUUCUAAGAUAUCGGAGAGGGAAAAGGUGGGAGAGGGAUAGGACCUAUUAGCCCCGUGUAAUACAAACCGAAGUCACAGAUCAAUGAAAACAGGAUUGUCUAAGGAUGCCCUUGGUAUACUUUACAUAAGGCAGAGGUCAGUUUGCAUAUCAGUCUUUUAAAAAUGGAGAUGAAUUUAAGGAGUUAGAUUUCUCAUCCCCUGGUCCUGCCAACUUUGCUCAAAGCCCUUAGAAUAGUUUACUGUUGCUUUUAUCAUAAAGUCCAUCAUCCAUAAAUUCCUACUGAUCUUGCCCCUGCCUACCUCCUAGCUGCAUUUCAGGCUUCUCUGCCCUGAAGGCCUCUCUUUCUCUCUAAUCCUUAAACCAAACUGGUGUUCUGGCCUCAGAGCCUUAACACAGGCUGUUACCUCAGCUUGGACACUGUUCUCCACCUGGCUAGUACUGAACGGGUUAGCUCACUAGUUUAACUAGGCAGGUUUAGAAAGUUUUAGGAAUAAGAAGGGGUCUAUGGGGGAAUGAAUACAUAAUGGAGACUUGAAGACGCCAGGGUGUGUAUCUUGUACAGAGAGUAGAGAAAUGGAAUAGGCAAAUAGAAAUAUAUCCUAAACCAAAAGGCAUCGCGGGCCUGAGCCAAUAAAGUGACCAUAAGUUAGGCCCAAAGUAGCCCUGACCUGAGUCGCUGGGCGGGCCAUGAGAGAAGGCCUUCUCUCCAACACAACUGGGAGAGCUGAGAGAUGCAUCAAAGGGACUCCAGCCAACAGGGGAAGGGGGGAGAAGGGGGGGUGGGCGCCACGUGGGCUCUGAGCUCCGAACUAACUGUAGCACCAUGACCAGUAAGAAGGGGUCGGGUUCAGACGAAGAGCUGCACCUAUUUAAUGCCAAAGACAGAGAGCAGCGGUCACCCUUCCCAGGGGCCUCUGUCCGUGCAGCGGGGACGGAGUCUCCGGCUCCGAACUUAGAAUCAGGUUGUGGAGGCAGUGUCUGCCUGCAACAAAACGUCUGUGCUUUUCACCGACCACCUUUCGCCCGUGGCUUCCUGCUUCGAAACCAUCCAGACAAGAACCGGGAAUCCAGGGCGGUCCAGUUCCAUGUUCGCCUUUCAAUAUCCUUUGUAUCCUUCGUAUGUCAGCGGGAGUAUUUCCUCCGCCCAGGCUGGGUCUACCCAUUAUCUGCGGUCAGACCUCCGCGUUUUAUUUCAGGAACACUUACCACCACUUGAUCAAGUUAUUGUCUGGUCGCCUCCUGCCGUUACUCUAGUUGCCAUCCUCGGCCUGGCUCCGUCCCGCCUUCCCCCCGCGCGCCUCGCACCAGCCCGUCGCUGGGGACCCUACCACCCGUGUAGUGACAUAAAUGGGCAGUCCGGUCUACUCGCUGUUAGAUAAAGGCGCAGAGACACAGCUGAGACAAAUUCCCUGACACCAACUUAGAAGGAAAGGCCUCCGCCUUUGGCCAGGUUCUUCCUCAACAGCUGCACUGAGGUGUAACUGUCGUUCAAGGACUUAAAUAAGCGUCACUGCGCCAACACCCCCGCGCGGGGAGCUCGCCGGACCCUCACGACGCUCGAGCCACGGGUUUCACCACAGCCGGUCGGACCGGGUCUGUGUGGGGCACCGGAAGUAAACCCGGAAGAGGAGAGGACCAGAUUCUGGGUCGGGACCCUCUCCCCAUAAACGCCUCCCCUACUUCCGGUUUCUCCCUUCUCGGAGCGCGGCAGGGGCGGGACUUCCGGCCUGGCUCGUCCCCCGGGGGCGGGAAGGUUUGAAUCGCUGUUGUUUGCCUGUGUUUUCCUCCGGGGUCUUCGCUGGCGCUCCCCCUGCUCAGCUACUCAGACCCGGGUCCUCAUGGCCCUGCGGUUGUGAUUGUUUUCCAUCGAGCAGCUUCACUUGUUAAAAUUAAGAACAAUUCCUCGAGAAGCCGUCGUGGGCAGCCGCAGACGCUGCGGUUCGAGCCACUUGGCAAAUCAAAGUGCAAGGGCGGUUGAUGGGCCUCGUUACCACGACUUUUCAGCUCAGAACUGCUUCUUUGCCUUGAAAGGACGUUACCCACCGUCAUCGUGAUGGCGGCUGAAGUGCGAAUGGUGCUUUAUGAAGACGAUUCUGUGCAAGUACAAUACGCUGAUGGCUCCAGACUGCAGCUUUCUCCCUGUGGCUCUGAAUUUUUAUUUGAAAAGGCACCUCCUGUUUCAGCACAUCCUUUAGAACAACCGGAAAGAAUUCGUCAGAGGACACACUUUGCUAUUAGCACUUACCGAGAGCAACUACAGAGAGCCCUAGAUUUUCGAAACGCUUUCGCCACUUGCCCUUUUUUAUCUGAAAGCAUUAUACCUCCUGAAAGAAAAAAGCGUAUCCUCAUUGACAUCCCAGAAGUGAGAUGGCCCAGUCUUGAUACUGAUGGUGGCAUGAUAUGCAUGCAGAGCGGCGCCGUGAAGGUACCAUCUGUAGAUGGUCAUGCAUACCUCUGUCUGCCCAAAUCUCAGCAGGAAUUUACAGUACAUUUUUUGUGUAAAGUGAGCCAGAAGCCAGGCUCAUCUGUAGUAUUGUCAGAAAAAAAUAAUCAGGCCCCAAAAGAACAAGUAGGAAAAGCGGACAAACCCCGUGCAUAUGGAAGUUUACCAGGACAGAGACGGAAGAAUAAAGAAAACGAACUUCACUGUCAGAUCGUGAAACCCAAAGGACCUUCAGAGAAGAAGCCUUGUGGGAACAGAACUGAGGGGGAGGAGGCACUGCCUUUGCCUGGUCCCAAGCACAGCUGUGUCCACGCGUGGGUAGAGCAGCGCUGCUCUGUGGCCUCCUGUCCAGAGGAAUGGAAAUACCCUCUGUCUUUAGCACUUCGCUUUCAUAAUAAAAUCAGCAAUAUGUCUGGAACUGAUGUGACUAUCCCCCAGAGUACAGUGUUAACGUCUGCUGCUGCUGCAGAGGAAAGAGGAAAAGAGGUUUCUGUUCUUCCCAAGGCCCUGCUGCUCAGCUGUCCUGUCCCACACCUGCACAGGUGGACUUUCUGUGAUUCACUUUCACAGGGGCAGUCUGAUGAAGAAGAAUAUUCCUACUCUGAACUAGUGAAAGUGGUCUGGCACAAGGGUAUUACGUACAGACUUACCCAUAAAAAUGUGAACUCAAUAGAGAUUUAUCCUGGAGAUGGAUCUGUUUUCAAAUCAGAAGGAGCUUAUUUGGGGAAAUAUUUUACAUACUAUUCCAUUCAAGAAGGAUCAGAAGAGAAGGAAGAGAAAAUGUAUUCAGUAAAUAAUCUUCCUCCAGAGAGACCAGGAAGUCUGUUCUCUGUGUGUUCUCUAAUUAAACAGGCCACCAGGAUUCUUCAGCACUGUGCCAAGAUGAGGCUUUCUUUAAGCCAUAACUAUCGUAUAUGCUGCUGGAAAAUGGUACCUGGGAUAAAAGAGAAUAUGCUGCCUUUGCUUUUGAGAGAAUUGUUCAUACCCAGUGUGGGAAGAUUUCUUGCUUAUUCUGAUGACAAAGUACAUGUCAUCUUUAUAGAUGGCGUUACUCUAACCCUAAAUUGGAAUUUUGGCUCUUUUAAUGAAAAAAGACAGAUAAAUCAAGGUCUCAACUUAGGUUGGUGUAAGUUAACUUUUCCUGAUGGACACAAUCAGUUAAUUCAGAUUGAACACCCCGGACCAUAUGAAAGGUGUGUGGCUUCUGAACUUGAAAAGAUACAGAAGUUUAACUUGUUACUGGAGAAUAGUGGUGUCCUAAACCAGAUUUCUAACAAGAAAAAUGAACAGUCUUUUGAUUGUAAACCAAACUAUUCAGAAAGCUUGCUAGAAGAAGUUAAUGAAAAGAGAGUAUCAGUGGCAUUGAAAAGAACCUCUGAAAUUAUUCAGGAUAUUGAUUGUCUUCUAUCAAGCUCUAAAAAGUGAAAAAUGAAAUUAUUACAAUAUAUUAUUAAAUCUUAAGGAUGUUUCAAAUCACUGGUAUAAAAUUACUAGAAAACAAAAGAAUUGUAUAUAUGACUUCUGUACAAUAAUCUGAGAAGUGACAUUUAACUUUGGAUGUAUUUUACCUAACAUGUAAAUUU